UAGGAUAUGGGCACUCUAGUAAUUGUGGUUAGGUCUAGAAUUCCCCAAGAGUUAGUCACUAUGGGUUGCAUUCUGUACCUCUUGAUCAUGCUCCUCUGUCUCAGUGCAGAUUUUGCCAGUCUAUCUCUUAUGGUCAUUAAUUCACCACAACAUCAUUAUCUCUCUCUUUCUCUCUUCCAUCUUUAUCUUUCUACAAACCCAUAAAUACCCUUUAAAUAUUUUCUCCAUCAACACUCAUAUCCCCUUCAAAGUUAUUACAACCCAAAAGGGAAGAAUGAGAGACACCAAACUACCUGAAGUACUCUUGCUACUCUCAACCUUAAUUCUUGCAGCUAAAGUUACACAAGGAAUUAAAACAGAAGAAUUGGUGUCUCAAUCCUCUCAACCACAAAGAGAACCAAGUUUGAAGGGUAGCAAUGAGGCAUGGAAAAUGAGGAAUUCUAGGAGACUGAUGAUUGGAUCCACAGCACCAACUUGUACGUACAAUGAAUGUAGAGGUUGUAAGUAUAAAUGCAGAGCUGAGCAGGUGCCUGUAGAGGGAAAUGACCCAAUUAACAGCCCAUACCACUACAGAUGUGUUUGUCAUAGAUGAUAUUAAAUUCAAUAAUGAAUUAUAGCAUAAUGUAAUUUUGAGUUUAGUAGACUUGGGUUUAUUCCCUUUGAGUCACUGUCAAGAGAACUUCAAUUCCAUAUAACU